AUGUCAAUGACUAUGAGCUAUCGUCGCUAGUUAGUCAUUGAACCUAAAAUAACAGAGUACGCACUUAUCAAAAGAAUUUCUGAGAUUUCAAUGGAACAUUCUGUGAAAUGUGGUGUGGGUGAAAACAUACUUUCUCCCAUUUUUAGUUCAUUAAUCGGCAGUCACAAGAAAAGAUUUAAUAAUUUCUGCGAUAUUCACUUCAUUCUUUUCUGAGUAGGCAUUGAUAGUGAAAUUCAGAGGAUUUUUUUCAAAUUGAAAACUUUGAGUAAAUUUCAAAAAGUGCUGACUUUUCGUAAUAAAGACAAUAAAACUCGUGAGAUAUUGAGACACCGCACAAAACAUCGUAGAUCAAUGUGAAAAAUUAAAGCGAAGUGAUGGAAAACCUUUGGAAAUUGCUAAAUUUCGGUACCCGAUUUCAAUUGACUCCAAUCACUUAUACCGAAUUCCAUACCCAACUUGAACUAACGGACAAACCAAAUAUUUUCAAAUUGGAUGUCAAUUGCUUUAACGAAAUAUUUGACUAUUUGUCGCUGAAAGAUUUGUGCUCAAUCGGACAAUCAUGUCGAGAAAUGCAAAGAAUUGCCGGUGAAUAUUUCAUGCGGAAUUAUGAAUUGUCGUUGAAAUUGAGCACAAAAAAUGGCAUUUACACAGUGUACUCUGACCAUGGUGCUAUUAAUAUACACAUCUUAACAUCGAGCUUUAAUCCAUUCAUUAACUGUAUUACCAUCAAGCACGAGGAUUUGGAACCAAUUCGCUAUAUUCAUAUGCAUAACUCUGAAUUUGCAUCGAUCAACGAAAUCGAUCUUGUAUGUUUAACAAUCGACGCGGCCAAGGUAAAGAAUUUGCGCAAAAUUCUACCCAAAAUCGAAGUAAUGAAGGUGAAUCAAUGUGCAGUGAAGGGUGACUUUUACAAGCUCUUAAAACACUGUACGAGCUUAAAGAGACUUUAUGUACAACACGAUCUUGGAUACAUUAUCGCCAAAGAUGCCAAAUGGAUGGAACGAAACUAUCCGAAGUUGGAAAAAUUGCACCUGACGCCACAGCAUCCAUUCCGGAUUCAUGGACUGUACACAUUUUUUCAACAUAAUCCAAACAUCAGAAGCUUUUCGACUUCAUCACGCUGUCUGUGGGAUUGUCGCAAUCAAAUAUUGGCCUGCAGAGCACAGUUAAAUCGGUUGGAAAUCCAUAUUUGUGACAAUUACUACUUUAAUCUGAUUGAUAUGCAACUCAUAUGCUGCCUACUGAACCAACUGUAUGAACGCAACUUCUAUAAAAGCCUACACCUGUAUGCCAAACGAGUCGACCAACAAUUUUGUGAACAGUUAUGUUCGGUAAGCGGACUCGAACGAUUAUCCAUUAAACAGUUUAGUGAAUGUUACAAUCUGCCCCGUUUGGUCAAUCUGAAAGAGUUGCUGCUGAACGGUCGAAUUAGUAGAGGAGACAUUGAAAUUUUGGCAAACAGUCUUUGGAAUCUCGAAUAUCUUUCGAUUUCAAAUGUGACAUCCGCUGAUAUUUUACCAUUCAUGCGACACUCUGUUAAUUUGUGUAAAAUCUACGCUCAUCUUAAUGACGAAACACUGCAUUUGAAAAAACUGAACAAAGAGCGAGAAAAGUUAAACAGAGCAUGUAAAGUAACCAUUUAUGUUACCAGCAACAUUUUCUUGGCCACAAAAUGGGCAACCACACAUGGAGUAACCAACUUAAAUCUGGUUGAAAUGAAACGAGCAGAUAUGCAUUGAAAGAUAUGACAAAACGUGGAAAAUAAUUGGAUUUGAAGAUUGAAGGAUUGUAGGAUCAGUUGAUCGAAAAGAGGAAAAAAUCUAUAUAAAAAUACGAAAAAUGAAAUGUUAUUCUCACCAUUUCUUAUAUAUAUUUUUAAUGGAAAAUAAA